AUGGAAGUGCGAGGUGAAAAUAGUGAAAAAGAAAGUGUAGAAAACAGGAGUGAAAGUGAAGUGGAUAGGGAUGAAAGUGAAAGUGUAGGAGACGGGAGUGAAAGUGAAGUGGAUAGGGAUGAAAGUGAAAGUGUAGGAGACGGGAGUGAAAGUGAAGUGGAUAGGGGUGAAGGCGAAAUGGACAGGAUUGAAAGUGAAAGAAACUUAGUUAGAGAAACGAGGGAAAAAAUGUUAAACUGUGGAAGGGAAGUGGGAGAGGAAGGGAGGAAAUUAAACUUAUCAGGAAGUUUAGCUUUCUUUGCUUCGGGAGUUGUAUAUAAGGUCCUCCCCCGGAAAGAAGACGGUUUCCUCAGAAGGGAAUAUUUUGCCAGGCGGCUUACCCUGGGGGGUGAGAUAACUUCUCCUGGGACAGCGGCACAAAAAGUGGACUACUUAAAAAAAAUGGAAACCUGCCUCGAACUACUCCACCUUUUGGAGGGUCUGAAAAACCCUUUAAGAAUUGCCGUAGAAUAUGGCGAUUGGAUUCCUGCACCCCUGAGAAGAAAUCCCAAUCUGGGGUGGGAUUUCAAUGAAAAACUCCUUCAGAACAGUCCGCCCAAGAAAUACUGUUUAAUGAUCUGGCGCCAAGAAUAUUAUUGGCAGAGAGAUACCGAGCAGUACUUAUGCAGGGGUUUUUGGGCAACAGGCGCUUUCCGGGAUCCGGCCAUGAUCAAGAUCUUAGAUGACCGUGUCAGAAUCAUGGUGGGAGGGGAAUUCAGCCGCGUCGAGGAAGAAGAGAUUGUUUUGAAGGACCUCUUGGCUCGUUCUCCACCGCGUUAUGGGGCUUAUACUGUGCGAGAGGAGCUUUUCCUCUCGUUUAUAGAGGAAUUCAUACCCGUGGAUAGAGGAAUGGUGAACUUUCGUUCCCGCUGGCAAUUGUGCUAUGACGUUCCGGUUGACGAGGCCUGGGAGACUGUGGGCCAUCGUUCGCUAGCCGAGGGAAGGCAAGCACGCCGAGAACAAAGAAGAAGGGCUCGAUUAUACCACUGAGGGCGCACUAGUGUAAUGUAGUAAUAAUAGUAAUAGGACAGAUCGAUUUAAUUACU